AUGAAGGGCAUGAUCUUCAUCGAAGCGAUCAACACAGUGGAACGUGGGGACACUCCUCCCCCUACACCUGCAUCAGGCACAGAUCCUAAUGCCACCAUAAUCAGGAAUGUCAUGAACGAGAUCGAGAAGAGGACGUGUGUUCGCUUUGUUAAACGGACCGACCAGAAAGACUAUGUCCACCUUGUGUCCAGGCAAGGGUGCUACUCGUACCUCGGUCGCAAUGGCGGUGAGCAACCGUUGUCCUUGGGCCGCGGCUGCCUCUUCAACGGCAGUGUGACGCACGAGCUCCUGCACGCGGUUGGCUUCUUCCACGAGCACUCACGCCCCGACAGGGACGACUACAUCGACGUCUUCCCAGAAAAUAUUAUAGAGGCGUUCCUGCCAAACUUCAAGAAGAUAGCGCCUCGUCACAUCCGCUUGCUGACAGCAUUCGACUUCGACUCGGUUAUGCUGUAUGGCUCGGAUUCUUUUUCCCGUGGUAACGGCCUCCCCUCCAUGCUGGCGAAGAAUGGCGACAGGCUCAUCGCUGUCUAUAAGAAAGACGGGCUAAGCAGUCAGGAUGUUAUUCGCAUAAACACCCUGUACAAUUGUACACAAGGAUAA